AUGGCUAUUAGAAAAUUUAAAGGAUUUAAUGACUUUGUGCCAACAAUCAGUGAUAGUGAAGAAGAUGUUCCUGAUUUAGAUGCGUCUGAUGAUGAUAUGAACCAAAAUCAAAGUAAAAGAACAAAACCAUCUAAAAAUAAGAAAAGUAAAUCUAAAGUCAAGGGAGCAGCCGAAUCUGAAGAUGAAGCUAAAGGGGACUUAAACCCCGAUUUCAUGUUUGCAGUUGAUAAUUCGGAGCUUACAACAAAUUUUGAAGGCUGGGAUUUUGCUGGAGAUGAGAAAAGUGAAAAUAAAACUGACGUUGAUAUUGACGGAAUUAUCAGAAGAAAGGGUGGUUUAGUCCAAAUGGCUGCAGGAGCUGAAGACUCUUCAGAUUGUUCGGAGAGUGAAGAUUCUGAACAAGAAAAUGCCGAGAAGGAACAAAUUGGUGAAGAAGAUGAUGAUGAUCUUGCAUUAGAUGGGUUUGGAAUGGGAGCUAAGCGGCAAAACUUUGAAGCUGAACAAUCUGAGGAAGAAUCGGCAGUAGAAAGUGAAGCAGAAAGCUCCCUCUCAUCUGAAGAAGAUAAUGAUCGUGAGGAGCUAAAGUCAUCGGUUUCUGACGAAGAAGUGAAAGAAGAAGAUACAGUUGAGGAGAUGGCGAAAUUUUACGCUCCAGAAGAGGAAGGGCAUGAGGCAAAAAAGUGUGUCCAUACUACUUUUAAUACUUUAUCAUUGUCUCGUCCUGUUUUAAAGGGUCUAAACGCCUUGGGAUACGUAAAGCCUUCGCCAAUCCAGAGUGCUACGAUACCCAUAGCAUUACUUGGAAAAGAUAUUAUAGCUGGAGCUGUUACUGGUUCUGGUAAGACGGCUGCUUUCAUGAUUCCAAUUAUUGAGCGUUUGUUGUACAAGCCUGCAAAGAUAGCAUGUACCAGGGUGCUUGUCUUGACACCUACUCGUGAAUUGGCAAUUCAAGUUAGUGAUGUUGGGAAGAAAAUUGGUGCGUAUGUUAACAGCUUAAGUUUUGGUCUCGCUGUUGGUGGUUUGAACCUAAGACAACAAGAACAGUCAUUGAAGUCCCGUCCGGAUGUCGUUAUUGCAACACCAGGUAGAAUAAUUGAUCAUAUUAGAAAUUCAGCUUCCUUCAACGUUGAUUCCGUUGAGAUCCUUGUCAUUGAUGAAGCUGAUAGAAUGUUAGAAGAGGGUUUCCAAGAUGAACUGAAUGAAAUUAUGUCAUUGGUUCCAAGUAAAAGACAAACGUUAUUGUUUUCUGCAACCAUGAAUUCUAGAAUCAAGCAAUUGGUUUCCUUGUCGCUAAAGAAGCCUGUUAGAAUUAUGAUUGAUCCUCCAAAGCAGGCAGCCUCGAAGUUAUCGCAGGAGUUCGUACGUAUUAGAAAAAGAGAUCAAUUGAAACCAGCUCUCCUGUACCAUUUAAUACGGAAAUUGGAUCCUACUGGUCAGAAGAGGAUUGUCGUAUUUGUCUCCAGAAAGGAGAUGGCCCAUAGGUUGCGGAUAAUAUUAGGAUUAUUGGGUAUGAAGGUAGGGGAAUUGCACGGUUCUCUCACACAAGAGCAGCGUUUAAAAUCUGUGAAUGAUUUCAAAACAUUGGAAGUUCCUGUUCUAGUUUGUACAGAUUUGGCGUCAAGAGGUUUGGAUAUUCCGAAGAUUGAAGUCGUAAUAAAUUUCGAUAUGCCAAAGUCAUACGAAAUCUACUUGCAUAGAGUUGGUCGUACUGCUAGAGCUGGUAGAGAGGGUAGGUCUGUUACUUUUGUGGGAGAGUCAACACAUGAAAGAAGUAUUGUUAGGAACGCUGUGAAUUCGGUAGACUCUAAAGUUGGAAGGGGAAGCGUUUGUGGUAGAAAUGUUGACUGGAAUAAGGUGGAGGAAGUGAAUAAGGUGAUUAUAUCGAAGGAAGAUCUGAUUGGUGAGGUUUUGGAAGAAGAGAAGCAAGAGAAAGAAAUCUUAAGAGCUGAAAUGGAAAUCCGGAAAGGUCAGAAUUUGUUAAAGCAUAAAGCAGAAAUCCAGUCUCGUCCAAAGAGAACAUGGUUCCAAACAGAAUCUGAGAAAAAGAACUCUUCUAUUCUGAGCGUUUUAUCUAAGAACAAAAAAUUGACUAAUAGUAAACAGAGAAAGAGAUUAGAGGCAGUUGAAGAUUCAAGUUCCCGCUCUUAUAAGAAGACAAAGAAAGACCGAUCUGAAGACCAAGAGCGUUCAUUUAGGAAGAAGAAGUUAAAUCAGAAAAUCAAAAACAAAAAAAAGUUUAGGAAGGGAUAG